AUGGUUGAUAGAGAUCAACUGGCUAAUUUAAUUCAAGAAACUUAUAGACCAACCCCAAGAAGAGUUGGUCGCCUUACAUAUAGGAAACCAUAUCCGGACUAUAUAGACCGAUAUGAGUUUCCAAGAGGCUAUAAAGUUCCCAAUUUCGUUACUUUUUCGGGAGAAGACUCCACUUCGACCAUAGAACAUAUUGGUCAGUUUACCAUUCAAUGUGGUGAGGUUGGAGCAAAUGAAUUCUUAAAAUUAAGGCUAUUUGCUAAUUCCCUUACAGGGAUCACAUUUUCUUGGUAUAUAAGUUUACCAGCAAAUUCGGUUUAUACUUGGCAACAAUUGGAAGAAAUGUUUCAUACCCAAUUUUAUAAAACUGAACCAGAUGUGUCGAUGACUGACUUAUCUAGGUUGUCCCAAAUGCUUGGAAAGAUGGCUGAAGACUUUAUUGGUAAGUUUAAAAGGGUGAGACAUAAAUGCCAAGUAUCCCUUCUAGAAACUGAAUAUAUGAGUCUAGCAUUGAAUGGUUUAGACUUUGAAUUACGAAAGAAAUUUGAGGGAAUGCAAUUUCAGGACUUGUUUCAACUAGCCUCUAGUGCCGCAAGGUAUGAAAAGGUCCUAAAAGAAGAACAAGAUAGAAGGAAUGCCUCUAGGGGUACCUAUUACAGGGACCCAAAUUAUGAAAUUCAUAUGACAGAGGCGUCAAAUAAUUAUGUCAAAGAUCCUACUUACGAGAUUCAUUUGACAGAGGCUGAAAUUGGCCUUGAAAUCGAUGCUGCUGAAAUUAAUAUAAAGAAACCAUAUUCAUGUUCAACAUUGACUAAACCAGCCGAAACUGUUAGUAGUGUUCAGCCACCAAGUUCAACGGCUAAAAGAACCUUAACAGAGGCCGAUAAACAAUACGCUUUCGACAUUACAAAGGCUGAUGAGAUUUUUGACCUUAUGUUGGCUGAUAAAAUAAUUGGCCUCUCAAAGGGACAAAAAAUCCCUUUGAAAGAUGAAUUACAAAAAAGAGAUUAUUGUAAAUGGCACAAUUCUUAUCGCCAUUCAACUAAUAAUUGCAUUGUUUUUUGUUCUAAAUUGCAGAACUUGAUCGAGAAGAAGUUGCUUCGUUUCCUUGAAAAGAAGUAA